GCCAUGUUCAUGUAUGUGCUGGAACCAUCUGCUGCCUUCACCGUUGAUGGCACGACUGGUCAAGUCACAGUCAGUAACAGCAGUAUCCUGGACAGGGAGACAAACAACGAGUUCACACUACAGGUUUAUGUGGUUGAAACAAAUACAACAGAGAAGUACCGCAGCCCCACCUCCACUGUUCUCAUCACACUGUUGGAUGAGAACGAUAACAAUCCAACAUUCACCGCCGAAAUCUACCAUGCAAAUGUGGCACAGGAUGCAGCGAAUGGAGCUGUAUUAACACAGGUGGUUGCAACAGACCCAGACUCUGGUUCCAAUGGUGAGAUCAGAUACAGCAUCAUAUUUGCAUCCGACAAUGGGAAGGACAAGUUUACCAUCAGUGCAGAUGGAAACAUCACUGUAUCAGGGAGGCUGGAUGCCAACACUGUGGACUCUUAUGUUUUGGUGAUCAUGGCCGCUGAUCGAGGAACCGCUUCCAGGGAGACUACAGCUGUGGUGAUCAUCAAUGUGAUCAAUGUCAACUCAACAAAUGAAGGUGGAACCGACACCAAUGCCAUCAUCAUAGCAGUAGUAGUAUGUGUGGUGGUCGUCCUGGCUAUAAUUACUACUGCAGUGGUGUUGCUCAAAAGAAGGAGGGCAGCCAAUGAAAACCCUGAGGAAAAUCACUCAAGCAAUAUGGAGCUGGAGAAUGUGCGCAAUGAUACGGAAGACGAGUACCAAAGUUUGCAGAUAUCUCAUAGGCGAACAAGAACACCAGAUGUGAUCUACGAAGAUGUGAAGGCUCGGUCAGAAUUCCCGCGAAGUCAGCUGGACAUUAAAGAGGCACUUGGCCAAGGAGAAUUUGGGACCGUCUAUAAAGCUGAAGCCUGGCAAAUAUCAGGCAACACAGGUGUAACAACCGUGGCAGUGAAGGAGUUGAAAGGUAUGACAAGUUCCGCGGCUUUGACUGCUUUUUUCAAGGAGCUGUCAAUACUGAAGCUCCUUGGGACUCAUACUAACGUUGUGUCGUUUCUUGGACGUUGCACGGAAACAGAGCCGUUUUAUCUCCUGCUGGAGUUCGUGUCUGGAGGCAGUCUCCUGUCCAACCUCCGUACCAGCCGCACUCACCAACCAUACGGGAACCUGCACGGCGGGAGCAAGUCUCUCUCCUCACGUGACCUCACCAAGUUCGCCCGGGACGUAGCCAAGGGGAUGAGUUUUCUGGCAGCAAAGAAAAUCAUCCAUCGUGACCUUGCAACCCGGAAUGUGCUAGUUACUGCAGACCGGACCUGUAAGGUGUCAGACUUUGGCUUCUCGCGGGAGGGGGAUGAGUACGAGAGCACUACCAAGACCCGCCUGCCUAUCCGCUGGAUGGCCCCUGAGUCGCUGUUCCACCGGAAGUACACCACCAAGACGGACGUCUGGGCUUUCGGAGUGCUGCUCUGGGAGAUAGUCACUCUGGGUGCGACUCCGUACCCCGGUAUGUCCAAACGUGAAGUGAUGGACGGGGUGCAGCAGGGAUACAGGAUGGUCAAACCGCGCCACUGUGACGACGAACUCUACACCCUGAUGCUGAACUGUUGGAAUGCUGACCCUGCCCAGAGACCAGAGUUCCGCAAGAUUCAGCAGACUGUGGAUACACUGAUGGAGGCUGAACACGACUACAUCGACCUGGCGAGUCUGGAUGAUAACACCUAUACCAGUCUGCAAACCGCCUCUGACGAAAAAUACUAACUUACUAGGAUCUUGCCAUGGAAGACUUCAUGAUCUCUUCCGUUGGGCCUUUGUUUUUAAAUGAUGACAUUAGUUUGUUUGUUUCGUUAUGAGAAGGAUAACCU